AUGAACAUUGCUGUCAUCACUAAAGAGCCGUUCAAUGGUGUUAUCCAUACGCGAGACUUCCGAAAGAGUCCGUGCCUUCAAUCGGGCGAUGGAGGUCUCAACACAACCCUAACUAUUAAUCUUCUGGCAAAACCUGAUGAAAACAAUUUCUGCGGAGUCCACAGACUUAAGGGAUCUGAAGAGAGAACAGUUGCACUGACAGUGAGAGUACACAAGACAUUAGAGCUGUCGGAUGACAAGUAUUACAUAAUAACGUGCUCUCAAUCAGGAUUUAGAAAUGCUCGCAAUGAGUUGUCACGCGUUUCUCUAAAACUGUUGGAUAAGGGAUCGAAAGUGGUUCGAGUGGUUCACGGAAAUCAAUACACUCUAAGAGCUGAAAUCUCUAGUCCUGACGCUAACUGUCCUCAACUUCAGUGUAAUAGUGAUGAUUUGAAAGUGACAAAUGAUAACAAAGAUUUGGCAUUAAGUAAGGAUUCCGUACAAUUGCUCGCCUCUACCACUGUGUUUGUUGUUGAACCCGGAGCUCAAAUCUGUUUCAGAGAGAGAGCCGUCAGAAAUAGAAGAUUACGAUCCGUACAAAAUCGAUUGGACCCCCAGUUCUCACUAUGGGUCGCGUAUAUCGCUUAAUAAGAAUCAUUACACGGGAUAUACAUCAGGAGGCGGAUCCACCGUUAAUUCUCAUCGCUCUUAUAGUGGCAAUGAUAGUGAUCCAUACGCACCCGUAUCACACUCACGACCUAACAGUAGAUAUUCUAAUAAACCCUCACAAACAGCAAAUUUGUCUCAAACUUAUGUUAAAUAUUGAGAUUAACAAAACAGUUCACUAGUUGUUCACUAAUUGAGUGCAAUAGAAGAUUGAUUAACGAAUCAAUUCUCAUAUUUCUAAUCAUUAAUCAAAAGAAAGCCAUUCCGUGCACAAAGUCUCUCAUGUAAUAAACCCAUUGAAAUGCGAAUCCAAUUUCUAGAUAAUUAUUCUGCAAAUUCCAUACAUUUAUUAAUAAAUAUGUUACAUACACUCCACCAUACAGUAGAUAUUAAAUACAGCAUAUUAUAAAUAGAAUGAGGA